GGACGGGGCAGUCCCCGGUGCCCCGCGCCGGCGAUCGCGCCGAUGGCAGCGCUAGCGGCGCUGGCCAAGAAGGUGUGGAGCGCGCGGCGCCUGCUAGUGCUGCUGCUGGCGCCGCUGGCUCUGCUGCCGGUGGUCUUCGCCCUGCCGCCCAAGGAAGGGCGCUGUCUGUUCAUCAUUCUUCUCAUGGCGGUGUACUGGUGCACAGAGGCCCUACCCCUGUCCGUGACCGCGCUGCUGCCCACCGUCCUCUUUCCUUUCACCGGCAUCCUGCCCUCGCACAAAGUAUGCCCCCAGUACUUCCUGGACACCAACUUCCUCUUCCUCAGUGGUCUAAUCAUGGCCAGCGCCAUCGAGGAGUGGAACCUGCACCGUAGAAUCGCCCUCAAGGUCUUGAUGCUCGUUGGGGUCCAGCCAGCGAGGCUUAUCCUGGGCAUGAUGGUGACCACCUCGUUCAUGUCCAUGUGGCUGAGCAACACGGCCUCCACUGCCAUGAUGCUGCCCAUUGCCAGUGCCAUUCUGAAGAGCCUCUUCGGGCAGAAGGAGCCUCGGAAGGACCUGAGCAGGGAGAGUGAAGAGAACAGAGGCACCACUCGGGGCAACGGGCUGCACCCUGCACCCACAGAGACUCAGUUUCUGGCCAGCACACACACAGAGGGCAGAGGCCAUCCUGAGGAGGUGGAGGUGCCGCUGGACCUGCUCGCUGACUCCAAGAAGGAGGAGGAGUACCACAGGAACAUCUGGAAGGGCUUCCUCAUCUCCAUCCCCUACUCGGCCAGCAUUGGGGGCACCGCCACGCUCACAGGCACUGCCCCCAACCUCAUCCUGCUGGGCCAGCUCAAGAGCCUGCCUGUCAACCCUGAUGUGAGCAGGAUCUUGUGCCAACCUGAAAAGAGAUCAGGGAGCAAGCACUGUGGCCCGAAAGUGAAAAUGCCAGAUAGGUUUAUUUCUGAUGCUGUCACAGGCAUGGCCAUUGUCAUCAUCUUGUUCUUCUUCCCAUCCCAAAAGCCUUCUCUCAAGUGGUGGCUUGACUUCAAAGCUCCCAACGUGGAGACCAAGCCCCUGCUGACCUGGCAGAAGGCUCAGGAGACAGUGCCCUGGAACAUCAUUCUUCUCUUGGGAGGGGGCUUCGCCAUGGCCAAAGGCUGUGAGGAAUCAGGGCUCUCAGUGUGGAUCGGGGGGCAGCUGCACCCACUGGAGAACGUGCCCCCCGUCCUGGCCGUGAUGCUCAUCACCAUCGUCAUCGCCUUCUUCACGGAGUUCGCGAGCAACACGGCCACCAUCAUCAUCUUCCUGCCUGUCCUCGCAGAGCUGGCCAUCCGCCUGAGGGUGCACCCGCUGUAUCUGAUGAUCCCGGGCACAAUCGGCUGCUCCUACGCCUUCAUGCUGCCGGUCUCCACACCCCCCAACUCCAUCGCCUUCGCUUCUGGAGACUUGCUGGUCAAAGACAUGGUCCGGACCGGCCUCCUGAUGAAUGUGAUGGGUGUCCUGCUGCUCAGCCUGGCCAUGAACACCUGGGCGCAAAGCAUCUUUCAGCUGGGCACCUUCCCAGACUGGGCUGACAUCCACGCGACCAAUGCCACAGCGGUGCCACUUGCCUUGACGAACAACACACUUCACAACCUCUGACACACGCACACCCCAGGGGUUCCUUUGGGCUGGGCAGAUAUCCAGCAGCACAGCACUUGCUGGGACCCUACAGGAUAAUCAAGAAAUUCCUUUCUGUAAUCCAAUAUGCAGCAACCACGGAGACCUCCGGGUCCUCUGAGGACCGCAGUCUCUGUCUAGGACGCCUUCCCUUUCUGUCUCAUGUUGUUCAAGGCCCAGCCAUUGCCCAGAUCUGCUGCCUUAUCCAGCUCCUCUCUGUGACCUGUCCUGUGGUUAGGGCAUCAUAGAGUCCAACCUGGUCACACCUAGCAAGUCUGGCAUGUGUGUUUGUCUUGUACACUUGGGAUAGGAAGCUGUGGGCACCCCUCCAGGGGGUGUAGAAACUUUUCCUCAUGGACUACUUUAGGGGUCCCUGGAGAGACCCUCUUGCUUCUAAGGACCACUUUGCCUACAGAGACUUGGCAACCAGAAUGUUCCGGGCCAGAUUUUGAAGCUGUCUUGGCUUGGUUGGUCUGUGUUUGGCUGGUGCCUGUUCUGAGCCAGCUGUUUGGUUAGCAUCUCUUCGGAUACCCAGCAGCAAGGGUUGGAGGGACGGGUGACUUCCUGAGGACAUGGGGACUGCAAAGCUGCCAUGUGGAUCUCAGGGCUCCUGAGCACACUGGGGAGUGAGGACCCCAUGCUAACGUCUCUACCCCAGACCCUGAGGGUUCUCCUCUUCCAUCUGACUGAGCUUGACCAUAAUCCCAAGGUCAGGCCAGUUCUGGGCCUGAUCCUUUCACAGGUCACCCACAGCUCCUCCAGCUGGGACCUCCUGCAUGGGCCCUUGGGAGCAUCUGUGGCUAUGAGUCACCUCCUGUUUUUCUUGCCCUGGCAGCUGGUCCCCCUCUUGCCCCAAUGGUAAGCAUGUCUAAUUUACAAAGGCCACAGAAGCCCAUGGUAAAGUGUCUCUGGUGGGCAACAUAUUGUAAUCCCCUUGCAAGGAUGGGGCCCUGAGACAUUUCCACCAGCCGUGGCCAGGGUUGGGCAGGUCCCAGUGGGCAUCAGCACUCCUAGGUUCUAGCAGGGGUGACCUGCAGUCCCACACCUGCACAGUGGUGGACACAGACACUCAGGAAGCUUCUGCUAGAGGGGUCCAGGCAGCUCAGUGUCAGAAAGGACCAGCGAGGUCCCUCUUCCCCAGCCUGCACCCUAGGUCCUCUGAGGAGCACCCAGUCAGGGUGUCUGAGCCCCCUGUGUUGGAGACAAGCCACACCUCCUUCCCUGGGGGGGCAGUCAGUACGGACUCAGUCUCAGCCCAUCUGAUCAUGUGUGUGUGUGUGGGGCGCCCUCCUGUGGGACAGGAGGGAGAAGUUCAUGUGAGAAGAAACUCCAGAACCUGUGAGCAGAGGGUUCAUGAUUCAAAUACUUCUGAUCAAAAAUGCCAUGAAAUAAAGACUGUUAAUCAACACUG